GACGACUUCAUUAGUUGCUUUAUAAUCUUUCCAUGGAACCUAAGAACUUUCUUUGCAAAAAAUUCAAAAAGAAGGAAAGAAGAACUUAGCUUCCUUAAUUUUGCCUUUCUCCUAAUCAUGACGCACGACGUGUUCCUGAAUUUCCGAGGAAAGGAGAUGCGCAAAACUUUUGUGAGCCAUCUUCUUAGCUCGUUCACGACCAAAAACAUCACAAGUUUCAUAGUCUCUGAUCCUUUCGAGGACCCGGAUCUGAAGGCUAUGGAACAGUCGCUAGUUGCGAUCCCCGUGAUAUCAAAGAACUACGUGAUUUCUGACUUGUGGAUGGAUGAUUUGAGAAAGAUAAUAGAGUGUGAGAAGAUAGGAACUUUGACGGCAAUUCCUAUAUUCUUCCAAGUUAGUCCUUUGGACAUCUUACACGUAACAGAAAAAUAUGCGGACACGCAGGAUGAGACUUUGGAGAUGGUGAAGAAGUGGUUGUACGCUCAGGUGUCCCGUAAACCUAGCUUCCAUUCCAAUGACUGGGACGACGACUCCGAGCUGGUGGAUAAAAUUACGAGUUUCAUUUCUGAUACCCUGGAAUCUUCCACAUCAAGCUAUCAAAGUACUGGUUUAAGUCCGGCUCCGAGUUUGAAGCUAGAAAGUGCGUUCAGGGUAAGCAAGUUUAUGCACUGGAGAUCGUUGUCGCUACCAAGCUCAGCUUUUACACCGAUCUCACUGUCUACAUUCAGUCAAUUCCCCCUCCUAGACAUGAAUGGUAGCCUAGAAAAUCUGCGCAAUAUAAUAUUGCGCGCAAAGUCUAGAGCAAUUGGUAUUUGUGGAAUGGAAGGAGUUGGGAAGACAACUCUUGCUAGGCACCUUUACGAGGAGAUGGCACCACGAUUUCAGCACCAUAUAUAUAUAAAGAAUGUCAUUAACAGGUCCCAGUGCCCAUUCAGUUUACUAGAUAUGCUUGCUAGUGAAACUUUCAAGGAAAGUAGCUUCCGCGGGAGCUCUGAUAGUGCCAUCAGAGAAAUGAUCGGGCACCGGAAGGUUCUGCUUGUUGCUGAUGGUGUUGAUGACAUUAAGCAGCUUAAAGCAUCACGUGAUAACUACGCUUCAGAGGUUAAGAGUUACAUCGGAGCAGAUGACUAUGCACCGAGACGUCCGAUCAAAGUGGAUCGACACAUUGGAGUGGAUGAAGCAAAUUGUUUCCCGUUAUAUUGCUUGGCUCUUGAAUGAUCAUUGUUCAUGUGUCGACUUCACUUGGAUUGUUUGAAAAGUAAUGUUGUGCAAAUAGUGGUUGAAUAAGACGAACAAGGACAU